AUGGACGAUUUGAAAGUUGAAGAAGUUGCCAUUAACUUAAAACUAUGGAUGCUAUGCCGUUUCUAUGACAUGUUGAAAACCAAUAAUUAUACAAAGAUUUUCAACUGUAAUGUUUACUGCCUGAUACUUUUUAUUUACGGAGCAAUUGUGAAUUGUAUGGUCGUUUACAGCUCUAUAGGGUUUUUCGUCGAGAUGGAUGAUAUCAUAAGUGACGUUGAUGUCUUUUUAGUAUUGUUUGUUAUGAUCAAUUUUUUUUUCUGCUCUUGGAGGAUCUGCAUAAUUUUGAGCAAAAGUAACACAAUUUGUGAAGCGUUAAACGUUGCACAGUUUAAUUUCUUAACGAGCAAACGAUGUUUUAAACAUUUAAAUGUACUAUACAACGAUCGUGACAGAACGAUUAAAAUCACCAACUACUUUUUUGUAUUCACGGUGAUAGUGCUAAUACAAUGGAUCUUAUUUCCUUUCAUGGUAAUCACAUUAACGGAGUCUGAUGUCGAAAAUAGUCGCUCUCCGAACAUUAUGAACUUGCGCUUUCCUGUAUCUACACAAACUUACAAUCAAUAUUAUUUCAUAUUUUACUUAAUGGAAGUGGCGAUAGCAGCAUUUCCCAUUUACGUAAUAAUCGUGACGGACACAUUAAUAUUGUCUUUCAGUUUGGUUAUAAUUUCUCAACAGGAAGUCAUAAAUCGAGCGUUUAAAAGCAUCGGAUAUGAAGAAAACUCACAAUCAAAAUAUUAUGAAGAUUUUAAAUCAAUUCUAGGUGAUCAAAUUCAACUUUGUCUGAAAAUUAAAUCAUAUUAUUCAAUAGUGAUUCCUGUUAUUUUAGCAAACGUUGCUAUGUCUUCAACAUGUUUCAUAAUCGUGACAUAUGUGUUAAUAGUGGUUUGUUUUUCAAAGGAACCCAAUCAAUUUCUUAACAUUAUCAAACUCGGGUCAUCAGCCAUCUUUAUUUGUGGGCAGUUUUUUUUAUAUUGUUAUUUACUUGACAGUAUGAAUCUUAAAAGAGAAUCUGUUAACUUUGCCUUAUAUUCUUGUGAUUGGACGAAAAUGGAUAUCAAAUUUAAAAAGUUAUUAUUACUAACAAUGCGGAUGAAUGAUGCUAAUAAUUUUGUGAUAAGAGCUACACCAAGAAAAGUUGUCAACUUACAAAUGUUUGCUAACGUCAUGUCGAUGUCCUACAAUAUUAUCUCAGUCAUGCUGAAAUCUAUGGAUUCAAAUAAUCAAAGUACAGAAUAA